UAUACAGCUAGAAACCAGCGUGAGAUAUCCAAGUGUCUCAAGAAAAUUCCUGGAAGACCAAUGCCAGCUAUUGCCAUGAGAGUAUUCUUAUUUGCUUUCUUCGUGGUAUCCUGUGAUGGACUCAGAAGGAUACCAAUCCGAAAAAUGCCAUCAAUUCGUGAGACCCUGAGAGCAAUGGGAGUAAAAGUUGCUGAUGUAUUUCCACAGUUAAAAAUGAUAGGAUCUGGAGAUCCUAACAAUGGAACAGCCCCAACACUUCUUACCAACUACUUGGAUACCCAGUAUUAUGGUGAGAUCAGCAUUGGUUCUCCUUCACAAGUAUUCAAAGUUGUUUUUGACACUGGAUCAGCUAAUCUGUGGGUGCCAUCCAGUCGAUGUUCCCCAUUGUACAGUGCCUGUGCGUCUCACAAUCGAUAUGACUCAUCUAAAUCUCACACCUAUGUUGAGAAUGGAACAGGCUUCUCAAUACAGUACGAAUCUGGAGGAGUAAGAGGUUUUCUAAGCCAAGAUAUUGUUACUGUUGCAGAUAUUCCUGUCAUCCAGGUUUUUGCAGAAGCCACAGCACUACCUGCAUUUCCUUUCAUCUUCGCCCGCUUUGAUGGAGUACUAGGAAUGGGAUUCCCGGCGCAAGCGAUUGAUGACAUCAUGCCUGUUUUUGAUCGGAUUUUGUCUCAGAAAGUCCUGCAGGAAGAUGUCUUCUCGGUGUAUUACAGCCGACAAUACAAGGAUUCCCAUCUAAACCCCGGAGGAGAAAUUAUCUUUGGUGGCUCUGAUCCUUCUUACUACACUGGUAGCUUUCAAUAUCUCAACCUUAAGAAACAUGGAUACUGGCAUAUUAACAUGAAAGGGGUGUCAGUUGGUGCCGAGGUCCUGUUCUGCAAAGAAGGGUGCACAGUGGCAAUAGACACAGGAGCAGCUUAUAUCACUGGCCCUGCUGGUUCAGUAUCUGUUCUGAUGAAAGCAAUAGGAGCCAUACAGCAACCUGAAGGGGAGUAUUCCAUGGACUGUGAUAAAAUCUCCCAGCUUCCUGAUAUCUCUUUUCAUAUGGGAGGGAAUGAGUAUACACUAAAAGGGCAAGCAUACAUCCUGCGGCAACUGCAUUUUGGAGAAGAAGUCUGCUACGUUGCAUUCUCUGGUCUGGAUAUUCCUCCUCCAACAGGACCUCUUUGGAUUUUGGGAGCUACAUUCAUCGGACAGUAUUACACAGAAUUUGAUCGCCACAAUAAUCGUAUUGGAUUUGCUACAUCGCUCUGAAAGCACAUUAUUUUAUUUCUCUAUCAUAGCCACACAGAUUUUUAAGUCUAUUUAAGCUUGUAGAUAAAUAUUGUAAUUAUUUUUGUAUCUGUAUUUGAAUAAUCAUUAAAAAUAGAUCAUGUGUAUCCAUUAUGAGGGACAAAGACUGAGCUAGGGAAGUGCUGGUGCUUUAGGGCUCCAAGAAGCUCCUCUGCCUUGGACAGGGUAUUCAGAUAGAUGGCUAGGGCAGCAAAGGACAAAUUUGCCUUGUAAGAAGGAAAGCCUAUCUGAAACUCUGGAUUGGGUGUACUGAAAAAUAGGGGCCGAUAUCUCACUUUGAUUACCAUAAUAAGAACUGAAUGCCUGCUGAAUCGCAGCAAACAUAACCUUGUAGCUGGGUUUCCUUAUUUAUAAACUAGGUGCAAACGUAAACUAAAUUACUCAUAAUAAUUUAGCUUGAAAUUCCUAAGAACCACUAGUCUCCCUUACUUUUCUCGGUAGUAGAAGGAGUCAGCAACUUUCUCCCUAUUAAACAAAUUCCAGUACCAGGUUCACUGCUUUUUGUCCCUGGGCAGAGGUCCAGUUGCA